AUGGAUUAUAACGAUAGCGCCGACGCUGGAGGUGGCGGCAACUACCGUGGGGGUCGAGGCGGCCGAGGUCGCGGCGCCCGAGGCCGGGGCGCAAGCACACAGCAGUACGGCGGCAGCGACAUGUCCUACGACGACGCAAGUGCGGACAGCAGCGGCAGCGGAUCGUGGCGAAGCGGCCCCAGCGGCGCGGGCGCCACUCGUGGCGGACGCGGCGGCCGAUCACGCAGCACCAGCACGGGCGGCGGCGACCAGGCCUGGUCGACGACCACCGGUGAUUCCUACGACAACGGCGACGGGUACUCGUCCAACUACCGAGGCCGGGGCGGCACGAGCUAUCGAGGAGGAGGCCGAGGAGGCCGCGGUCGCGGCAGCGAUGACUACUAUGACGCCCCCGCGGGCAGGGACGACGGGUCCUACAGCAGCGGCUACGGUGGCAGCGUGUCUCAGUCGCAGCGGGGAGGACGAGGCGGACGUGGCCGCGGAGGCAGCAGCAGCAACGACGACGACGGCAGCGGCUACGCCGCCACUUCGUAUCAGGGACGCGGUGGCAGCACCUACAGAGGCCGUGGUCGAGGGUCGUACGACAGCGGCGAUGGCGGCGCUGGCGGUGGUGGAAGAGGGACUACCUACCGAGGUCGCGGUGCGGCUCGUGGUGGCAGCACUGACCAGCGAGGCGGCUCCUACCGCGGUCGCGGAGCCGCUGGUGGCGGUCGCGGAGGCCGCAACCUCACCUGGACCAGGCCUGGCCUCGACGACGAGCAACAGCAAGGCGACGCGGACGAAGGGGAGAUGAACGAGGCAGAGGACGAGGGCGCGCCGUUGCAGUUUUCCGUCGACUUCAACCAGAGACGAACGCAGCAGCAGCAGCACAAGAAGCCGGCGUCGGCCGCUGCGGGCGGAAGCGUGUUUGGCUUUCGCGCACGAGGCGGCGGAGACAUGGACAGCGGUUUGGGCGAUGACGAAGACGAGGACGAGGACGACGAGGUGGCGCCGAGCAAGCCGGCUGCCUGGGGCGGUGCCGUGUUCGGUCUCUCGGCUGGCGGAGAUGACGACGACAACAAUGAAGAAGAAGAGGAGGAGGCCGACGAGGAAGAUGAAGAUGACGAAGGAGCUGAUCAAGAGGGAGAUGAAGGUGAAGAUGAGAUCGCCGACGACGAUGGCGACGAGGAAGAUGACCAGUACGAGCCGGACGAAGAGGACGAGGAAGACGAGCCCAGCAUCCCGCCCAUAUCCAUCGCUCCAGCAGCUUCGUCGCGGCGUGGCGGAGUCGCGCCCCUUCAGGCCAAGCCGCCGGCCGCGGCCGCCGCGGCGCGAGGAGGCCGAUCGGUUCCGGCGGCGCGAGGGGGCAUUGCCGCCUUCACGGCUGCUUCGGCUCCCUCGACAGCCCGCUCGGCGAGCACGGUGGCCGUUGCCGCGCCGAUCCCCAGAGCCAUUUCACCCAUGCCCAGGCGGGUGUCGCGACCACGACUGGUGUCUUCGACGCGCCGUCUACCCACCGGCGCCCGGCCACGGUUCACUGAGGAUGACAUGUGGGUCUUCGUUCCCGUGGACGAUGUGACCAUCGGCACCAUUCAAACGAUGUGCUCCAGAGCCGAGAGUGACGAGCGGGAGGGCAGCAGUGCGCUGAGCGUUUUCGAGAUGGUGAGCGGCACCGAAGACGACUCCGUCCCGAGGGUGGACUACAACAAGGCCGUCCGGCGAUUCAAGCGACCCUCCGUCAACCUCCAGCGCGGCGAAACCUUCACCGCCGACGAGAUCCGACCACCACCGGUUCUGCACCGCGUGAUGGAGUACCUGUGCCUGGAAAUCAUGGACAGAACGGACCACCCGUUCCACGACGUCUACGCCUUCGUGAGGGAUCGAACGCGAGCCAUUCGCCAGGAGAUCUCGAUCCAGAAGGUGUUCAAUCCUGUCGGCGUCUACAUGUCGGAGAAGAUCGUCCGCUUCUAUAUCGUGGCCGGACAUCGGCUGGCGGAACAGGACAGGGCUACUUUCGAUGCCUUCCAGAACCAGGAGCAGAUCGACAAGACCCUCGUCAGCUUGAAGGACAUGUACUCUGACCUGUACAAGAAGGGUGUCCUUUGCCCCAACGAAGCCGAAAUGCGUGCCUACUAUGUGUUGCUGGACCUCUCCUCGCCCACGCCGCCCUACUACGACGUGCGGCCCGACAUCUACUCAACGCCCGAGAUGCAGUUCGCCAUCAAGGUGUGGGAAGCGGUCAAGGCGGACGACUGGUACCGCUUCUUCAAGGCCGUGCGGGAGGCCACCUACCUGCAGAGCUGUGUGCUGCACCUCUACUUCAACUCCAUCCGGCAGAGGGCACUCCAGAUCAUGAACCGGGCCUUCAAGUACUACGACCAACACUUUGCGGGUCCCUAUCCAAUCGCUGAUCUCACCAAGGCGCUGGCGUUCGAGGAUGACGCGGAAGCCGAGGAGGUGUGCCGAUUCUACGGCCUGAUCGAUGUCAUGGAGAACACCACCGCAGUUGUGUUCGGAAAAAGAAACCUCGUCGUGCCGAGGGAGGCGCGGCCGCCCAUACGCACGUCGUGGCGGCUAAUCGAGCCCAAGGCUGCGGGCCGCAAGAUCAGCGAAAUCGUGGAGGGUCCCAAGUUCACGGGGGAGAAGCCGGGCGAAGUCGCAGAUGUGGUCUUUGAGGAGGAACCGAUCGAAGAGACGGACGCCGAAACGAUCGACAUCGAGGAGCACGUACCCAAGGUCAUCGCCAUGGGCGCGAGUUUGCGCAACUCUCAAGAAGGAAUCGCUCGGUCCUUUUCACCGUUCAAGUCCGUGGUCGCUCCGUUCAUCACCGCCGAGCCGGAGGAGGACACCGAGGCCGACACCGAACCCGAACCCGAACCGCUGGCCCGGCGAGCGUCGGAGGUGUUCACCGAGACCGAGGACGAGGACGAGCGGGAGCACAAGCUCGAGAUGGUACGCAGCGCGCUGAUCGAGGGCCUGCCGGUGCCCUCGAUCUCCGGCGCGUCGCCCGUCCCGACGGUCUACGUGGCCGAGCGCGGCGGCGCGUCACGGCGUCGUGAGUCCUCCAAGCUGGACUUUACCGGCUUCGGCCUGUCCUCCUCCACGCUCCAACUGCCCGGCAUGGCCAUCAAGGGCGCCAAGCUGCCGCCUGUGCCGCCGCACCCCACGCCCUGGGGUUCGCUGCAGGACCUGCGAUCGGCCAGCCCGCGCAAGGACCAGCAGCAGCAGCAGCAGCGACAACAAGCGGCAGCCGGCGGCGGGGCGCUGCCUUCGAUCACGGUCGCGCCCGAUCGGGAGGAGCCAGAGGAGGCCGGCGGGCUCUUUGGCGGGUUCGGCGUGCCGCUGAUGGUGACGAACGUGAGCGUCAAGUCCAAGGCCCGGGAGCAGGAGGAGCAAGCCGCGGCGGCCCGACUGGAAGAGGAGCAGCGACUGACCCGUCAGCGGGCCAAGGAGGCCGAGGAGCAGCGCGAGGGCGAGCUGCGGCGCAAGCUGCUGCAGGACCGCCGGCAGCGCGAGGAGGAGGGCCUCAUCCGGCAGGCGCGCGAGGAGGCCGAGGCGGAGCGGCGCGAGCGCGAGCGCGCGGAGGCCGCGCGGCGACAGGAGGAGCGCGAGCGGAGGGAACGCGAGGAGCGGCUGCGACGUCAGCGGCAGGAGGAGUGGGAGGCCAAGGUGGAGCACCUCAAGCGCGAGAUCAAGAAGGGGCAGAUCCACUGGCUCUGGGACCGGUGGCGCAAGGCCUACCUCGAGAAGAAGGAGCAGCAGCGCAAGACCGAAGAGGAAAGACAGCGGAAGCUCAAGCUCAAGCAGAAGAUCGAAGGGCUGCUCAGUGCGGCGUCGGCGCCACCUUCGGCCGCGGCGAGACUCAAGCGCGCUGGCUUGUCCCUCGGAGGGUCCCAUCGCAGCUCCGUGACUCUCGGCGCCUCGUCCAUUUCACUGCUCUCCUCGUACCAGAUCGAGAAGCGGUCGAAUCAGCUGCACGACUACCUGCGCAAGGCCAGGGAGGAGGCCCACGUGCAGAUCGAAGGCUACUGGGCGUCGCUCGACCUGCCCCGGCUCGUCUACUCGCCGCUGGCGCACUCGCAUCUCAAGCAACAGCCGCCCAACAGCCAAGCGGCCAAGGACAUUUAUUGGAAGCUCGUUGUGGCGGCCGAGAGUCUGCCCUCGGCGCAGCGCGUCGCCGCGGAGUCCUCGUCGCCGGCGCUGUGGCUCACCGCCAAGCUCACCCGCGCCGGGCUCCCGCUCACCCCGCAAAAGCCAGGAGUACAAACGCUCUCGCUGUACACGGUGGACGGGGUCCAGACGGACGUCGACAACGACGAGGCUCCCGGCGGACGCCACGUCAAGCCCCGGCUGCACGUCUGCGUGACCCUCGUCGACGACUCUGCCCUGAAGACGCCGGCGAUCCGCGAGGAGUGCACGGGCAGUCGCGGCUUCGUGUUCAUGUUGCCGCCCAUGGCCGGCCCCGACGCCAGCAGCUACUGGGCCGGUCAGCGCGCCCGCCUGACCAGCUUCGUCGCUGCGCUACCGCCGCACGGCCGCUCGCCGCUGCUCGUACUCACCACCGACCCCGACUCCAAGGAGACCGUCGACCAGAUCGAGCAGAACCUGCGGCUGUCGCAGCUGCCCGCUCACCUGGUGGGCCACCAUGCCGUCGUGUCGCUGCGGCCCGCCGGGGCCUACCACCACUACUCGAGCGACCAGCUCGCCCGCGGCCUCGGGUGGCUGGCCGCCAAGGCGCCCCGGCAGCCGCUCCUCCUCUCCCUCCCCUUGAAAGACGUGCUCGAAGUCCAGGCCAACCGCCACCUGUCGGCCCUGUUCGCGUACUACUAUCGCCUGAGCCAACAGCAACAGCAGCAUGUGGGGCCACGUGGCCAGGACGAGGCGCUGUUGCGACCGGACGUGAAUUCGCCGGCGUUCCCGCAGGCCGUGACCUUCAUUCAGCAGUGGAACGACCUCGUCACCUACACCGCGCAAGAACUCACCAACGACCAAAUCCAGCAAUUCGCGGGCCAGCGGGACACCGUAGCCGACGACACUACCCCACCAGCGGGGUUCGCGCUUCCUCCCCAGCGACUGGGCGCGCGCGAGACCCCGCUGCCGCCGUUCGGCUGGAACAGCGCCGAGAGCGUGAAGGCCCUCCGCGCCCGUGUCCUCGCCCUCGCCAUCCGCGACUCGGAUGGCCACGUGCUCAUGGAGGAGAUCGCCCAGGCCAUCGCAGCCCAUCGCGCCCAGACCGGCGGGGCGGCCGACGACGACCAGGAGCAGGAGGAGAUGACCGUGGACCACGCCACGGCGACGAAUGACGACACCCGCGACCGCCGCGCGCUGGCGCUGGCGCAGUUGAAGCGGUCGGUCGUGCUCGCGCUCUGGAAGUUCCUCGAUCGGGUGUGCCAGGCGCAGCAGGACGGACUCCGCGCUGACGAAGACCACCACCAGCAACAGCAGCGCAAGCAGAGGGUCUACCUGUUGGCCAAGCAGGUCGAGGAGGUCGUCAGCACGCACCUCAAUCAGCGGGCCGGCGACGAGGGCGGCUUCAUGCCGCUGCCGUGGCACCGCAUCUUCCAGCUGGUGUUCGACUUUUUGGUGGCGGAGCACAUCGAACCCGCGGCGGCGGCGACCGCACCACCGCUGCUGGGCGACAUCGACGACAUCGCAGAACCCAAGGCCACGCCGGACGUCGACAUGGCGAUGCGUGUCCUGCUGCUGCCCUCGUCGCCGCUCUUAGCCACGCUGCCGUCGCAGCCAGCCACCACUGCGGCGACGACCGACGCCAGUUUCGCGUCGCCUGCUGCCGUCAGCAGCAGCAGCCAGGGCUUCAGGCAUCGACGACCACUCGACCUGCCCCCGACGCCCUUAGUGCUCGACGACCGCCGAUCUUCGAUCGAAACGGACCGUCAGACCGUCAGCGCCGCCGCCGCCGCCGCACAACAGCAACCGGUUGCCAAGCUCCGGCUCGACGACGAAAACGCGGCCGAGGUCCGCCCUCCAGCAGCAGCCGCCGCCGCCAGCGAGGAGGCCCGAGAAGACGAGGAGCUGGAGCAGGAGGAGGUGCCCGGGCGCGAGAAGGCCAAGCCACGAGCGCCGGUGGACAGGGGCGCCCUGGGGCUGGUCGACUGGUCGUUCCUGGUGGCGGAGGCGCUCGACAGGGAGGAGACCGGCGAGAAUGCCGUCAGUAGGGGAGUCAAGCGCCGGGCGCCGGACAACGAACGAACGGACACGACGACGACGUUCGAACGAAGCUUCGUGAUCGACGACCUGGGCAGAACGGAGGAGAAGAAGGUGAGAUCCACGCCUGUCAAGAAGAGGCGCUACGUCGUGGAGGAGGACUUGGAAGAUGGGUCGGGUCAGGGCAAGCUGCUGGACUCGUCAUCUGAUCCGCUGAUGUCUUCGCGCGGACUGACGAUCGAUUCGCUGCUGGCCGACCUCGCGGCGGAAGGAGACGAAGAGCGGCGGCUGAAGCAGCUGCUUGGCGGCGUGGACUCCCUAUAA